CCAUAUCCGUUCCAACAUAAAGCUCUCUACUCUCUACUCUCUACUAUCUACUCCCCGGCGUAAGUCUUCUUCCUCAAAAUUUCCGAUUUGAUCUGAAAUCUUCGCAUUUCUCCGCUUGUGUGCCCUAGAGUGAUAGCGAUUCGGCGAACAAUGGACGUCGACGGAACAAAAAGCGCGGCGGUGCCAGAAUCGGUGAUGGAUUCGGUGAAGCGAACUUUGGUCAAUGUAGAAGAAGUUCGAACUCAGUGUCUCGAUGUCUUGUCUCUUUCAGACCCAGAAGUUCUCGCCGAAUUGCCCCCUCUGCAACGCGCCGAGUCUCUGCUCUUGCUCGCCAAGGCCACUACGACCCUUUUCGCGGUGAGGCUGAGAUGUAAUGGAGUUGACCCAGAUGAGCAUCCCGUCAAAUCCGAGUUUGAAAGAUUAAGCUUGUAUCAAGAUAAACUAGAAAGGUUUCUUGAUUUGAGCAAAGCGCCUGUUCGACCUUCUACCACGUUAAACUUUCAGGCAGCAACCCGUUUUAUCGAGCAUUCUUUGCCUGACCUUACCCCAGAGCAGAGGCAAAGUAUGAGAAAUAUUAGUAAGGGAGAGGGAAAAAAGAUAAAGUAUGUAGAGACGAAUGUCCAAAAGAAGAGGAAGUACCCAUCGACAGAGAAAAAAUCUGUUCAAACUGCUGCCAAGGAAUUUCUUGAGAAAGCAGCCUGGGAGCUUCUUGGUGAUAAUAACGAUGGUUUUAAGGGACCUCUGCGGGCUGAAACUUCAGAAGAUGAAGAAGAAGACCAGGCUAUGAGCUGAUUUCAUGAUCCCUCAAGAAUUUCUGCCGAGACCAGAAUGGUCAGUAUUUGUGAUUGACCCCGAACGACUGUUGAUCCAUCCUUGCGCAAGAUUUUCUGGAAUCUUGGUUUUUGCAAAAGAACUUCUGAGAAAGUAACCCCCUGUUUGGUGAGAAGGAAUCGUAAUUCAGGUGUAGUAAAUUAGCAUUUUGCAAUAUGCCUUUUUGUUGGAGGAAAAAGGUGUCGGAUGACCCUUCCGUGCUAUGGAGAUCUGCUUUCUGUUGGUUUUCAUGCCAUGUGGGAGUACCCUGAAGCUGGUUUAUAAACUAUUGUUUUAGGUGGCCAUCAUGAUCUACCUUGUGUGAGACGUUCAACACUAAUUGGUAGCCCUUUUCUUAAAUUUUCUUAAUGCAUGUAUUAGUGUUGCCUGUUGA